UUCAUUGGUGAAUGACUUUAAUGUUUUCCUCUCUUCAGGAAGCUGUAUAGUUUCAUGUAUCAGUCCCUCACGAAUUACCAAAGAAAAACAUAGUGAACAUUCUUUCGUGGUAAUGUUUCCUGGAGGUGUGUCUGUUGUGUCUUUCACAGCUCAGUUCGCCCAUGAAUGCAGUCAGUAGUUCGGAGGACAUUAAACCCCCUCUGGGUCUGAACGGGAUGAUGAAGGUCCCGGCACAGCCCACAGGCACAUCCCUCUCCCUCACAAAACACAUCUGUGCCAUUUGCGGAGACCGUUCAUCAGGUAAACACUAUGGGGUGUACAGCUGUGAGGGCUGUAAGGGCUUCUUCAAGAGAACGGUGAGAAAGGAUUUGACGUACACUUGCCGAGACAACAAGGACUGUUUAAUCGACAAACGGCAACGCAACCGCUGCCAAUACUGCCGCUAUCAGAAGUGCUUAGCCAUGGGAAUGAAGAGAGAAGCCGUUCAGGAGGAGCGGCAGCGGGCGAAGGAGCGGAGCGAGGCUGAAUUCGGCAGCUGUGCCAACGAGGACAUGCCCGUGGAGAAGAUUCUGGAUGCCGAACUGGCAGUGGAACCAAAGACGGAGACCUACGUGGAGGCCAACCUGAGUCCGCCUGCCAACUCUCCUAACGACCCUGUAACAAACAUCUGCCAAGCAGCUGACAAGCAACUCUUUACUUUAGUGGAGUGGGCCAAGCGGAUACCUCACUUUUCUGAUCUCCCGUUGGACGAUCAAGUGAUCCUCCUUCGAGCAGGGUGGAAUGAACUCCUGAUUGCCUCUUUUUCACAUCGUUCCAUAGCUGUAAAGGAUGGGAUAUUAUUAGCUACAGGCCUUCACGUCCAUAGAAACAGUGCACAUACUGCCGGUGUGGGAGCCAUCUUUGACAGAGUGCUGACAGAGCUUGUGUCAAAGAUGAGAGACAUGCAAAUGGACAAGUCUGAACUUGGAUGCCUGCGGGCCAUUGUUCUGUUCAAUCCAGAUUCAAAAGGACUGUCUAAUCCAUCAGAGGUGGAGGCAUUAAGGGAAAGAGUGUAUGCUUCUCUAGAGGCCUACUGUAAACACAAAUACCCUGAUCAGCCUGGGAGAUUUGCCAAGCUGUUACUGCGCCUGCCUGCCCUGCGCUCCAUCGGCCUGAAGUGUCUUGAACAUCUCUUCUUUUUCAAGUUAAUCGGGGACACGCCCAUCGACACUUUUCUAAUGGAAAUGCUCGAGGCGCCACACCAAAUGACAUGAGGGAUUGAUUUCUUUUCAUCUCCACCCAUCUGACAGAGGGUGCUGCUUAUGUACUGUAUAGAACACUACAGGAGGCCGGACAGGACACAUCUCUGAUCUCACAGGAGAAGUAAUUCUACCUUGGCGUUUCUUCAGAAAACAUUGCGCAAUCCACAAAAUACUGAGUAACUUUUCAUUGCGGAAUACCAUACAGGAUGGAUUAAGUGAGGUUUUUUUUUUUUUCCUGGUUUGCAUGCACUUUGACAAGUCUCACAGAUCUGGAGGGUUUUUAUUUUUUUAUUUUAGUUUUUUAUGGUUUCUCAUUUCUUCUGCCUUACAGAGGUCUACCUCUGCUUUCCAUUGAGUACACAGCCAAAUCGCCUCAUCUCUGAGCUCACAAUCAUUUUGCUGUGAAUUUUCAGAUUUCAUGAGAGGAUAAAAAAAAAUACCUCAAAUGCACUUCUUCAUGCAGCUGUCCAUAAGGAACACACCACUGUAUCUGCCAUUAGAAGCUCUUGCUCAAACUGUAGCACAGAGUUCAGUGUUAACAGUGUUAAAAGGACCACAUUUGUUUGUUUCAAUUUCAGGCACUUAUAAAUCGCUUCUUUCAAGUUGUAUUGUCAUACGUCAGGAUGCUGAAAGGCCAUCUUUAUGAGGAAGAAACUGCACGCAAUUUGGCUUUAAGUCCUUUUCUUUUGGGGAGAUAUAUGGGCCUAUGAAUAACAUAAUGGUCUAAAAAAGAAUGAAAAGCAGGUGUACUCCUGGCUGAACUCACGCUGGAUGAAAAUGCAAUGAUUCAUUGUUAGAAUUGUGUAAAAAAAAAAAUGUGUUUUGCCUAUAAUUCAGCAUAAAUAUGUAUUAAGUAUUUCCAAAGAUUUUAAAUAAUGUUUAUAUAUCAUCUGAUAAUUUCAAACAAGUGGUUGUUUUUGAUUUGAAAAUAUUUAACAGGUUACAUGAAUCCAGAUGAUAGUCUGGCCUCAGGGAAUCAGGAGGUUUAAGAAGUGCUACGUCUGUCCCCUAUUGGAAGAGUUGUGACAUUGCAGCUGCACUCAUUUGCCAUUACAGUUUAAGAGAUAAAAUGCUUGGCAAACAUUGCAAAAUAACCAUUUCUACACCUCAGGUUGAUGCAAAAUCCCACAUUUUCUGUUUUUGGUUCUGUUGUGCAGUGUCUUAUCUGUGUCAAGAAACUGUAAAUGUUGAUUAGAUUCAUACCGUUUGUACUGACCCAUCAAACCUCAGUUGCAGAUUGAGCCAAUCUGAACCAGUGUUUUCAUGAUGACGAUGAAUUUAAAAUAAAGUACUCAACAUUUGAAGUGGAUAAAAAACUUUAAUCUAAGUUAUACAUUCAUUUUGAACAAAAACGUUCUUGUCUUUAACUUUUUUUAUCCACUUCAAAUGUUGACUACUGUAAUUAUUGGAGUUCGGGAAGUAUGUGAACUGUGUAGCAGCAAUUUAAGGACUUGUCCUUAGCAGACAGACCUAAACAUUCUGCCAAAAGUUUAUUACACCAGCCCUCACAGCAAAAUGACGACAAGAGUAUUCAGUCUAUGCAUACAAACAGAAAAGACUGUCUAUGAUUGAUUUACAGAACCUAAAAUUAUAGCGGUCAUGUAACAUGCUUUGAAUCAGCCAUCAGGGAAGAUCAGUGAACUUUUGUUUGUUCUGUCAUUGGACGUCUUUGGCCUUUCAUUUCUCCAAAACCAGCAUAUUUCGAAUGUGCGAACAAGAACUAAAAAGCCCCUUGCUAUGGUAAAUAGCCUACAUGUAAAGCGCUUGGGGUUUACACUGUGUUGGACUAGUCGUCAAACAGGGUUUGUUAGACCAUCAGGAGCCAGGCACAUCUGAUAUCAGCCGCAAUCAGACAUCUUUCUCUGAAUCUGUAAUAGUCCCCCGUGACUGUGCGAGACCCCAGUCCGUCACAGGACACGUUAGCGAAACACAAAAGAGAUGCAUUUUAAAAGAGUUAUCUAUUUUUGUACAAAGUGUAAUUUUUUUCCUCUGUAUCAUUUUAUCAGUUCUAUGUUGUACACAUUGUUGGUGUAAAUAUUCAUUUUUAAUUGGAGCCAUGCCCUUAAACCUGGACUGAGGGAAAGUUUAACAUGCUCCUGUUCUGUAGUUUUCGUGGUACCCUCACCUGAGAGCUGAGGAUGGCUCCCUCGUUCUUUUUUACUAGACAAAUUGAGGUUGUGUUGUGUAUUGACCUGUUAUAAAAUGUCUGCUCAAAGGACUAUUAAAUUU